CGCUCUUGCGGCAACAACUUACAGCGCUUCACUCACUCACUCACAAUCGUUGUUGCCUUCGUACAUUUCUAACGCACCUUCGCUUCUUCCGAACACUACAACUUCUGCUUCACAUUUGGCAGGGAUCUAUUUACGGCGGGUUUCACAUGUCAAUUGGUGCCUCAGGAGCCUUAAGAGACUAGCGCAGGACACAGCCGCAGCUCGUGAAAGGCGUCGUAAGGCGCAGGCAAAGGUACAUCGAUACCACAACUUUCAUAGCCAGACGCACAACCACUUCCAACCAACUUCUCCCCUCCGCCCUCCACCCCUCCACCGCCAUCCUCUCAAUCAAUGGCUUCAUGGUGGACCGGCUGGAACCCCAUCAAAUUCUUCCCCCCCUACCGCGGCCCCUACGCAGUCGGCACCGUCGACGUCGAGAUCCCCGCCGCCGACCUCCCCUCCCCCUGCGACGCCCCCGACGACUCCCAACCCACCAUCGCCUUCCGCAUCUUCUACCCCUGCCAACGGCCCCCCAACGCCGAAGUCGACCGCCCCGUCCGCUGGAUCCCGCAACCCCAACGCGCAACCAUCUCCAGCUUCGCCAAGUUCAUCGGCUGUAACCAGAAAGUCGCCGGCGCAUUGAGUUAUGUCCCGCAGCAACUAUACUGGAUUAAGCUGCCGGCGCACCGCAACGCGAAGCUUCUGGAUGCGCCGACGAGUAAUGGGAGAUGGCCGGUGACGGUGUUCAGUCACGGCUUGGCCGGGUCACGGAACGCGUAUAGUCAGAUCUGCGGAGAUUUGGCGAGCAAUGGGAUGAUCGUCAUAGCGCUCGAUCACCGAGACGGGAGUAGUCCGAUUCAAUACGUGCGCGCCACCGCAACCUCCGAAGCGCAUAUUGUCCCCCCGGUCAGGAUUCCACACGAACCCGUCACCGACGCCGUCUACGCCGCCCGCGAUAAGCAGCUGCGGAUUCGGUGUUGGGAGAUGGCGAUGGCGUACGAAGCGCUCGUGAAGAUUGAUAGAGGCCACAAUAUCGAGAAUCUGGACAGUAAUACCUCACGCCUACGACGCGAGCGGAUGGAGGUGUUGUGGCAGUUUGCGGAUAAGAUGGACAUCCACCGCCCCGGCAAAGUGACGUGGGCGGGUCAUUCCUUCGGCGCGGCGACGACCGUGCAGUUGUUGAAGAGUAUUUUCUACUACAAAGACCGGACCGAAUCCGAUGGAUGGGCGCUUAUCACCCCACGGCCGGACGCGGCGAUUAUCCAACAAAUCGUACCCGAGAGCACGACACUGUUACUGGAUAUGUGGUGUCUCCCCCUCAAGUCCCCGGCACAGCGGUUUCUAUGGGAUCGCCCCUUACCUUCCUACGCGGUAGGAGGACCAAACGGCGCGAAUAUCCUCUCCGUCCUGUCGGAGGCGUUUCAGAAUUGGCAUGAUAAUCUCAACACGAGUGGGAACAAAGUCAGUCCGGACCGCGGCAGUACGAACGGGGAGGCGAAGCGCACCCCGGGCCCGCAUAUGUUCUACGUCGGCAUGUCCCAACACUUCAACCAAUCCGACUUCGGCAUCUUAUUCCCCUGGAUCGCGCUCCGGCUCACCAAAGCCGAGGAACCGGAACGCAUACUCGAACUUAACACGCGGGCUAUGGUGCAGGUGAUAAGGGAGGGCGGGAUUGAGGUC